AUGUUGAUUUGCGGGCACCAUGAAAGGAAGGAUGUGUGUCUUUCGCUUCUCAUUUCUGAGGAGGAAUGCCGGUUGGGAGCUGCCCUGAUGAGAAGCAAGAGUGCAGAUCAGUUGAAAAGUGAUGCAGAAGGAGAUGAGGAGGCUACCGCUCGGAUGCAAAUCUGCGCCAUUGCUGUCGCGCUGCUGGAAAGCGGGGUAGACAAUGAGUUCCUGCUCUCAAUUAACCUUUUGGAAAAGAUCCUCGACACAUCUGGACCUCAUAAGACGCGAUGCUUGCAAAAGCUAGAAAAAACAAUCGGUCAGCUGGAUUGGAAAGGAUUCAACAACAUUGUCGGUCUACUUUCGAGAGGGACAAUCGUCAGUUCGGCUUACGAGCCGUCCAUUCAGGCGUUGAUACGAAUUAUUGAUGUACUUGAUGAGCCUGUCGUGGGAGGUCGCGACUCUCUGGGCCUUGUUAUCUGUCAUGUUCUUCCUUACCUUCUGUUCAACUUCGACGCACCGAAUCACUUGUGUAUGUCUGUAUGCGCUGUUCUUAGACAGAUGCUCGAGAAAGGAACUGCGUCGAUGCAUGUAUACGUGCUGCACAUGCUGUACCUGCUGUUGUUGAGAAGAGACGCUGUUACGUCGCCGUUGGUGAUAAAUGCACAGAAUGGUGACGGCACGUCCGGAUUCGAAUUUGAGCUUUCGCUGGUCUCAGCAGGAUCUGGCUCUGGGUUGAGUCCCCCAUCACCGAGGAAAAGCGUGCCAAGUGCCGAGUCCAGCAGUACCAAUACCAUUGGCAAUGUGAGAAAGCAGAUGCCUCCUCAUUUACGUGUCCGUGAUCGCCUUGUCGGACUUCUGUCAGCGUCAGGCCUUCGUGUCGGUUUGCCGUCUGCUGUUUCAGUUGUCUUUUCUCAAAGUGAACUGGGCAGCACUGCUACUUCGACGGAAAGAAUCUGCACGUCGUCACAGGAGGUUGCGUCAACGACAUCACUUCCCGAUCCUUCCGCCAGUAUCACUGACUCGUUCCCACGAGUAUUCAAGGAGUUCGAUUUCUUGGAAGCUGAACAUGACAGCGUUUCGGAAACGGCAGACAGUUGCUUUGGAUGGUUGUCGACGAUGCGCCCAAGAUCGAUUGGAGGAGACGAUCCUGCUCACGACGAUGACGCCGAUGUGGACGAGGACGAGGACUCCGAAAGUGCGCAGGCGAAUUCCGAGGGUGGUGGAGCAUCUACCUCUCGGCUUUCACGAACAUCAGCCUCUUCUGACCGUACACCAUGUCCAUCAGAAGUGGAUGAAGAGGAAAAUGAAGCUGAGGAGGGCUUUGGUCAUGACUCUCCGCCAACAGGAGCGAUGCCGAUGCAAGAUCGCAUCAGCCCGUCGUCUGCCGUGUCAAGGGAUGCGCUUGAAAAGAGGCCAAGCGAUCGGUUGAAUGGAGUCGAUGAGGAGUCCAUCGAUGGAUCAUCGUUCUGCUGUCGUUCGCGAACAUCGAUCGGGGAAUUCUAUUCCCCGAAAACAACGCCAACCUCUCCUGUAUACAUUCAAUGUCCGCAUCAUCUUGAUGGAAAGGUUGACGCCACGUGGAUUUCAAUCGUAGCUGAACUUCAAGAUGAUUCUGAAGGAGAACUCACCGCUUACGCCACUUUGCUUUUUACCCAACUCUUCAGGUCAUGCUGCGGACGAGUAGCGUCGUUACUGCGAGACGCCAUGCACAUCUUCUCGUCUCGUCCCCUGGCAAGAACCUUCGCGCAUGCGCAGGACGUGCUCACCGGGGUGGCCGACUGUCCGUUCCUCUUCGUCACUGCUCAAUACCUGCGGUGUUCUGGGAUUCUUCCUCGGCUAAAGCUGUCGUUGUUCGAACUUCGCGAACACUGGGAGACGUUCAAUGAAAGAAAGGAGCAAAAUAUUCGGCUGCUGAAUUCGGUGAAGUCGGCGUACAAACUGAACGCUCUUGUUGGUUCAGCCUCCACGUUCACGACGAACAGUGUACGUGCUUUACGCAUUGAUUUAGGAGAUGGAACUGGGCAAACUGCUAAGCAAGUUGUUCUUUCAACUGAUGCUGAUGAGCGACUCGUUGAACGAUAUGGUGCGUCUGGUGAACGAAUCGCAUGGUGCUCAGGCGCACACAUUGUCUCCGGCAAUCCUGGAUCACCAACGAGAACUGCUGCUGUGCAUGGCCGACCUCCCGCCACACGAUCUACAGCCGUCACUUCGACCGGAACAUUCCGGAGACUCACUGGUGCUACUCAUGACGAACAAGCGUUACGGACAGGCGCUACUUGCCCUGCGACAGCUGAGACAGUCAUCACCACCGAACUGUUUACAUUUAGGACGGCGUUCGGAGCAGAAUUCGGCUGUUGUGAGGCGUCUGACAUCGAUGUUCUACUGCUGAUGUUCUGCAGAAGUCACUCGUUAAAGGCGUGGGCCCUGGUUGGCGCGGUUCCAGAUGCGCUUCGUCGACAGAGUCAAAGUCUUCGUGACGCCAACGCCGACGUCGCGUCGGCUGUACGUCGACUGGCAUCGGAUUCUGUGGUGUCACAUCGUGCAUCGACAGCAUCCUCGCUUACCGAAUCCUUCCAAAAGAUUUCCUAUUUGCCCGAUUAA